AGAUAACGCAAGGCCCCCUGAAACAAAACCAUGGCAACAAGAAAGAAGCUGCUGAGGGAAUUCCUGACAUGCUGUGUCACCUUCCUUCUGCUUCCUGGAGGAGCUCUCAUAUGUAGCAACCUAGCAGUGGACUCAUCCAUUGUUCACUGGGGAGCAACAGUUACAGCUAAUUGCACCAUCUGGAGGAACCACUGCUCCUUUCUCAAGGAUGGAGAAAUCCAGAUGAUGUGGAAACUGGAUGGCCAGCCUGUCCAUGGUGUCCAGUACAGUCUUGGCGAUGGGGUUGAAUUUUCCAACAUCACCAUUGGCCCCCUCAACAGGACUGUGGUCAGUCUGAGCUGCUCAGUGUUGAAGAAGGAGACACCACACCUCUUGAAUCUGAAACAGAUCCAUACUGCGUAUCCUCCAUCACAGCCCCAAAACCUCACCUGCAUCAUGAAUGACACCACUUGGAACUUGACGUGCCAAUGGGACCCUGGAGAGGACAGCCUCCUCCAAGUCCAUACUAUUCUGAAGGGCUUCAGGAGUCAAAGUGGAUGUGCUGUCCUCCUGGAUCCCAUCCCGGACUGUAUCCCAGAGGCGGACCAGAAUUCUUGCACCAUUCCUCGCCAAGAUCUCCACCUGUAUCAAAAGAUGGCUUUCUGGGUGAUGGUACACAAUAGCCUGGGAGUUGCACAAUCAGAGCUCCUUUGCGCAGACCCAGUGGACUUAGUCAAGCUGGACCCCCCAGCUGUCCAGUCCAUCCUGUCUAUCCCUGAGGAUACCCACUGUGUGUCUGUGGCCUGGGAUGCAGCCAAAGACAGCAAGUACACCAAGUACUUGUGUGACCUGCGCUACCGCCUGGAAGGUGAUUCGGAAUGGAUGCUGGUGCAGAAUAUCACCACCAGGCCAGCCCACCACUGUGGCUUCCUCUUUGAUGUCUCCUAUGAAUUCCAGAUGCGCUGCCAGAAAUUUGGGGCCAGGUAUAUGAGCGACUGGAGUCCUACAAAGACCUUCACCACCCAUGAGGACAGUGGUCAUGCACCUUCAGGAGAGCUUGAUGCCUGGUGGAAGAUGAAGCCUGAGGAGGCUGGACAGGGAACACAGGUGCAACUGAUGUGGAAGCCUAUGAAGCCAAAGGAAGCCAUGGGCAAAAUCCUAGGUUAUCAGGUCACCCUCAGUCCCUGGCAGCACAAUGGACAGCAGUUCACCCUUUGCGACACUGUGGAGUUGCAUUGCAAUUUCUCCCUGCCAUCCGGAGCACAGAGAAUUUAUCUCAUAGCUUACAAUGCAAGAGGUGCAUCUCCACCUACAGAGGUCUCACUUAAGAAGAAAGGCAUUUCUGUGCCAAGGAUCCAUGCCUCUUCUCUUGGGGAAAACAGAAUCUCUGUGAACUGGGAUCCUCCAGGAGAACCAGCCACUGGCUACAUCAUUGAGUGGCCGAGGAUGACCUCUGUGGACUCCUUGUUUGAUGCUGAGAUUAGCUGGACAAAACUGCGAAGUGGAGAGGAGAAACAAAUCCAGAUCCAAGAAAACAUUGAGCCUUACCAGCGAUACAAUAUUUCCGUCUACCCUGUCUACAAUGAUGGAGUGGGAUUGGCCCAGCAUACAGAAGUGUACACCAGACAGAAAGCUCCAUCUGACAGUCCCAAACUUCACCCAGGCAGUAUCGGCGAGACCACAGCUCAGCUCCACUGGGAGCCCAUUCCUCUGGAACUGCGCAAUGGCUUCAUCACCAACUACACCAUCUUCUGGAUCAGCCCUGAUGAUGACACAAACAGUGCCGUCGUGAACUCUUCUGUGAACACAUUCACCAUCAAAGGUCUCAAACCUUUGACGAUGUACAAAGUGCACAUCAUGGCUUCCACCAUGGGUGGGAACACCAACGGAACCAUCCUGAUGCUCUACACUAAAGCAAAGGAUGACAUAGACAUCUCAUUUGCAUAUCUGUUUAUCCUUCUGCUCUUGGUCAUGCUGAUCGUCCUCAUCAUCUGUUUCCAGAAGAGCAAAAAGAUGAAGCUGCAGUUCUGGCCCAGCAUCCCUGAUCCAGCCAACAGCAGUCUGGGCAAAUGGGCUCCAACAGUGCUGCAAGAGGAGGUUUUCACAGUUAACAAGUCAGGAGAACUUAGUCCCAUCAUCAUUACUGCCAUCUUAAUGCUUGAAAAGGAUAAGAAGAAGAGUGAGCCUCCAAAGCUCCUCCUUGAUGAGCCAUGGUCAGAUCCUUCUAACACUGACGCUGCUUUGUCACAUAGCAGCCCCAAGCCAGCCCCUCACGUGAACAGCUCAGAGUCCGUUCAGUAUGCCAAGGUGUUCUUCGACAGCUACCACAGCCAGCAAGAAGCACCAUCCUCUUUCUACUUGCGCUCCAACUCCACACAGCCACUUCUGAGUGAGUCGAUGCCCAGCCCAGAGCCCUAUGAGAACCUGUGGUUUCAUGACAACCAGCCAGCUGGGACACAUAGCUGCAGUUUCCAAGAGGAUGCCGUCUUCCUGGAGGGGGACCUGGUGGAUUUCCCAUUACUGCAGGGUGUAAAGAUUGAAGGGGAUGAAGAUCUGAGCAAUUUUUUAAUGUUGUAACACCUGGCUGGCAUUGGAGCGGUGCAAGGAACCAUGAUCCAGUGUUGCUCCUGCUUGCAAUUGUAGCCCUCCUCCAUGAGGGAAGAACUGUCUGAUUCCCAUUGUGCCCUCUGCCUUUAUUCUCUGGAGAUCUCAAGCACAUGGAGUUGAUCUUCCCAGGGUGGUACUCUCUAUUCCACCAGC